UCGGAUGCGACAACUGGCAGGAAUGGUGGACGUACGACGGAAUCUCAGGUCCUGGCUACUGGGGAUUAAUGAAUCCCCAAUGGAAUAUGUGCUCGAAGGGAAGAAGACAAUCGCCGAUCAACGUGGAACCUGACAAGCUGCUGUUCGAUCCCCACUUGAGGCACAUACACCUCGAUAAGCACAAGGUCAGCGGAAUGCUGCACAACACCGGUCAGAGUCUCGUCUUGCGCGUGGAUAAGGAUACGAAGCAGCACGUGAACAUCUCCGGAGGUCCUCUGGCCUACAGAUACCAGUUCGAAGAGAUAUACAUCCAUUACGGAAUAGUGAACGGUCAAGGAUCCGAACACCACAUCCAGGGAUACUCUUUCCCGGGCGAGGUAAGA